ACAAAAUCACAAAGACAAUUGGCUCGGGAAUAUAGUAUUGGCAAGUCCAGCUUACAGGACAGAAUCAAAGGUGCCAAAUCGAAGGUUCAGGAGGCGCAAGAGCGGCAGCGUCUUACGGUUUUGGAAGAGCUAGCUUUGAAGGACUGGUGCUAA